AUGGAAACCAUAUCGACGGUCAGGAAGGACAGGGGCAAGGCUAGCUCACCAGGCAGUUCCCUCAUUGUACUAAACAGCAGCCAAACACGUUACCAUGUGGUCCGAGCGGCGGCUUUGAAGCGUGGCUGGCUGCUUGAGGAGGGAGGCUGUCACAACGACAUACCUGAGUCCUUCUACGGCGUGUCGUUGCACGCUGCCCGUGUGACGGAAUCCCCCGCACGCCGGUUGGGCGCACUUGUCUACGCGGCUGACUCUACACCACAGGUACUGUGGGUCGACAAGAGCGUCACCCAUCGACGGGUUGCUGCCCUCAAGCCCCAUCAACGACUCAAUCACUUCGUGGGUAUGAGUUGCAUUGCUCGCAAGGCGACUCUGUUCAGGCGCUUAAUGUGUAUUUUGGAUCGCUGUGCGACCACUGAACCAUCAGCGGGGAAGGAGCAAUUUACGUCGCUGCUAGAUACUAUGAGGCGAUUCUACCCACCCAGCUUCGCCACCGGCAUGAGUCUUUCUGCGUUCGCGGCACAUGUCCGCCGUGGUGAAACUUUGUGCAAUGAAGAUAGCGCAAGAGUUUUUUACAUCAUCAAGCCCAAUAAAGGCUGCCAGGGCAAAGGCAUCCUCAUCACGCAGCACCCAACAGAGGCCCUCACCGGGCAGGGACGUACGGGCAUGGAUACGGGGUUCCUCGUACAGGAAUACAUCGACAGACCCCUAUGCAUCGACGGGCGCAAGUUUGAUAUCCGCCUUUACGUGCUCAUCACAUCCAUCUCAGCCCCUGCGCGAUCACGACUCCGUCUCGGCCGAGGAAGAAGCAAUGCACACGAUGCAUCUACGCCUAUGCGGGGUGCAGCAGCUGAGACGCUUCCCCCAGAACUGGAGGGUGUCCACGUGUUUGUGCAUCGCCGAGGGCUGGUUCGUAUCUGCGCGGACGCCUACCAGCCGCCCACCGACGACAACGUGGGCUGCCGAAGCAUGCACUUGACCAACUACGCAGUCAAUAAACAUUCCAAGAGGUACACGGUAGACGAGUGCCCACUGGCUGGUCCCGCUGAGCAAAGCAAUGAAGCGAUGGGCCAAGCCGAUACCGCGCCGCGGGACCCAGUGGAAGGCGAAGCCCUGGUGUGCGGUGGCACUAAGCGUGAUCUGGACUUUUUGGAGGUGUUCCUCAACUCCCUUCCGGGCCGCCCUAGCGGAAUAAAUGAGGACACAGGUGUUCUUCGAGGGAAUGAUCGACCGUGUGAGGGGUCCCUCUGGGCACAGGUGAAGCGCCGCAUCGACGAGUGUAUUGUGCUGACCGUUCUUUCUGGUCUUCCGGCGUUACGACGUGAGCUCGCUGGUGCUGCUGCGAUGAGUAGUACUCGAGGUGACUACAGGCACAAUUGCUUCGAACUGCUAGGUUUCGACAUCCUGCUCAGGGAAGAUAAUCUCGAGCCCGUGCUGAUGGAGGUGAACCACUCGCCCUCACUUUUCUGCGACACGAGUUUUGACUUUAGCGUCAAACUCGAUGUAGUUUCGGAUACUUUCUCCCUGCUCGAAACGCGCAUCGCGUCGCUUGAAGAGCUCCAAUUUCGGAACAGUUCCAGUUUCGCCUUGAACAAAAGAUGUCACAACCAAAGCGCCCCCAAGCCAGGGUAUCCCACGUCGUAUGGGUUCGACGUGCACUCGGAAGUGCUGUCAGAGGAGCAGUUAGUGGAUAGUGGCUCGGUGGGUUUUGUGCAGCUGCUUCCACAACGCGUGCCGUGUGGGGGUUGGACCGAGGAAGAGCGGCAGCGCCAGCGUGCAAUGCUCCUUCUCGCGAAUGGGCUACCCUAA